AUGACGGAGGCACUUUCGUUAAUGUAUGGAAUUGAUUUACCAACUCGAAGUGUUGUUGGCGUCCCUGCAGAACAGGACAGAACUUUAUUUCUAGUUGGUACUCUGUCAUUAAAACAGGAUAACCAGGUUUGCUUGUUGGAAGUGGAUGAUGAUUGGGUUCAGAUCACUAAACGUUCGUUUAUGCAUUCAGCAGGUGAAGUCUGGUAUAUGUCAAGUUCACCUAUUGAUUCGACUGUUGUCGCUACCUGUUAUUCGGCUUGUGUUGGAUUGUGGAAGAUGAAUAGUGAUGAAUCCAAACUAGUCGAAAUUGCGCGUUAUGCAGUCCUUCCAAACAUGGGAAAGUGCAAUUCCGCCGAGUUUGAUCCAGAUGGAAGCAAAAUUGCUAUUGCCGCUGGUAAUUCGGUUUUAGUCAAUGAUGUGACCAAAUUAUUAAAGGUUCAGUUUUCCUCACCGGACAAUAGUGGAGGUGCAGUGAAUGCACUGGUAUGGAAUCCACAUUCAGGUGGACGUAUUUUAGCUGUCGCUCAAGGCACAUCUGUGAAAGGGAUUGAUAUUCGCAGUGAGCAAGAAUUGUUUUGUGUCCAAAAUGCGCAUUUAUCUCAUGUAAGAAAUUUGGAUUUCAAUCCUAAUGUACAAAAUAUUAUGGCGACUUGUGGUGACGAUUUCAGAGUUGCAUUGUGGGAUAUUCGUAAUGUUGAUACGCCCUUAAAAGUUCUACAAGAUCAUUCGCACUGGGUUUGGUGCAUCAAAUUCAAUCCCAUUCACGACCAGUUAUUGUUAUCAGCAGGAAGCGAUGCAAGGUUAUUCCUGAAUAGCCUAGAAUCCUUCAGUUCUGAAUCUGUUCAUUCAUUUGCUCUAGCACAAGAUGAUAGUGAAUAUUCCUCACAUGAAAACAAAUUAUGUGAUGAGCGUUUGGAAAAAAUGGAAGAACAUGAAGAUUCAGUUUUUUGCUGUGCUUGGGCCGGUAACGAUCCAUGGGUUUUUGCUUCUGUUUCUUUUGAUGGGAGAGUAAUUAUCUCAAAGGUGAAACGACAUCAUAAAUAUGCCAUACUACGACUUUAA